GUCCUUUCAUAACAUCGUAGACAUCCUAACACACACCACCGCUUCAAUUCCUUUCCCCUCUUGUAAGGUAAAAAUGUCCAUAAUGUGAUGCAAAUAAUGCUACUUUCAUUCACUGCCAGAUCGAUUCUCUACCAUCAAACCCUUAAAAAUGGCAAGCGGUGACAGAAAGGAAUCCAAAUGCUGCUUCAAAGAAUGGAUGGAAACCCAAGAGAGAGACCUGACGGAGCUUCUACAAGCUGUCACCGUCGAGCCGGAAAACAUAGAGCAACUCAAACAACUCGCCGGGAAAUGCAUCACGCACUUCGAGGACUACAUCAAAAAGCGUAACAAACUCGCCCACAAGGACAUCUCCGCCUACUUUGCACCCGACUGGUGCUCUCCCUGGGAGAACUCUCUUAUCUGGAUCGCCGGCUGCCGCCCUUCCUUGUUCUUCCGCCUCAUCUACGCCCUCAGCGGCUCGGAAGUGGAGUCCAACCUCACCGAGUUCCUCCGCGGCACGAAAAACGGGUACCUCGGCGAGGUCAUGAGCUCAACGCAGCUUGUGAUGGUGAAUGCGUUGCAGAGCAAGACAAUAAGCGAGGAAGAGAGGCUGACGAUGAGGCUGGCGGCUCUGCAGGAGGACAUAGCGGACCAGCCGAUUGCGAUGAUUGCAAAAGGGCUGAGCAAAGUUGGGGAGAUGAAUGAAGAGGUGGAGAAGGCUCUGGAUGAUCAUGGUCAACAUAUGGUCAAGCUUUUGGAGGAGGCAGAUGAGCUGAGGAUGAACACGCUGAAGGAGGUUUUGAAGAUACUGACUCCUCUUCAGGGUGUGGAUUUUCUGGUGGCGAGUAAGAAGCUUCAUCUCUGUGUGCAUAAGUGGGGAAGGCAGAGGGAUCAGAAGCAUGGGAGGGUUGAAAGCGAUGAAGGAGAUUAAUUAAUCAAUUAGCAGUAUGAUUAUCUGUUUUUAUUUUUAUUUUCCUUUUUAUGUUCCCUUUCUCUUUUCUUUAGCAUGCAUGUAAUGUAUCUAAACUCUAAAGCAUAGAAUAUGGUAAGUUUGCAAUUAUAUUUGAAGUGAAAUCUGUACUUCUGUAGUACUGCUUCGACUUUUAUUUAUUGAUUUAUUUUUUGG